AUGAAGCCCAACCCAGUAGGCUCCUCCCCAGAGGCCUGCAAAGCUGCAGGCCAGGCGCAGCAGAAGACUCAGGCCACACCCAUGCAGGCCCCUAGGCAGAAGGUUCUGGUGACUGGAGGAGGAGGCUACCUGGGCUUUAGCCUGGGUUCUAGCCUGGCCAAGAGCGGCACUUCUGUCAUCCUGCUCGACCUCCGCCGACCGCAGUGGGAGCUCUGCCCGGGGACCGAGUUCAUCCAGGCUGAUGUCCGAGAUGAAGAAGCCCUGUAUCGUGCCUUCGAAGGAGUGGACUGUGUCUUCCAUGUGGCAUCCUAUGGAAUGUCCGGUGCUGAGAAGCUGCAAAAAGAGCAGAUUGAGUCUAUUAAUGUUGGAGGCACCAAACUAGUGAUCAAUGUUUGUGUCCGUCGACGGGUUCCGAGGCUCGUCUACACCAGCACCGUCAAUGUCGUGUUCGGCGGGAAGCCCAUAGAACAGGGCGAUGAGGACUCUGUGCCAUAUUUCCCACUGGAGAAGCACAUGGACCACUACUCACGAACCAAAGCCAUCGCUGACCAGUUGACACUCAUGGCCAAUGGCACACCUCUCUCAGGAGGCGGCACUCUGCGGACGUGUGUGCUCCGGCCCCCGGGGAUCUAUGGCCCUGAAGAGCAGAGGCACCUGCCCCGUGUGGCGGGCCACAUCAAGAAGAGGCUAUUCAUGUUCCGGUUUGGGGACCACAGGACGCAGAUGAACUGGGUCCACGUGCGCAAUCUGGUGCAGGCACACGUGCUGGCGGCCGAGGCCCUCACCGCGGCCAAGGGCUACGUGGCUAGUGGCCAGGCAUACUACAUCAAUGACGGGGAGAGUGUCAACCUCUUCGAGUGGAUGGCUCCACUGUUUGAGAAGCUAGGGUACAGCCAGCCCUGGAUCCGGGUGCCCACUUCCUGGGUUUACCUAACAGCUGCGGUGAUGGAAUAUCUGCACCUGGCCUUGAGGCCCAUCUGCAGCGUUCCGCCGCUGCUCACCCGAAGCGAGGUGCGCAGCGUGGCCGUGACGCACACUUUCCAGAUCGCCAAGGCCCGCGCCCAGCUUGGCUACACGCCAGACAAGUUCCACUUCGCCGACGUCGUGGAGCAAUACGUGAGGUCUAUGAGCCGGCGGUCCCGCAGCUCCACCGCGCGGACGCUCCUACGGCUGCUGCUCGGCCUGCUGCUGCUGCUCCUCGGGCUGCUCGCCCUGGCCCUGCACAUCCGAGCCCUGCAGCCGUCCAGCGUCUGACCUGCGCCGCUGGUCACUGCCGGCUACCCUCCCAGCUUCACCUUCCGGGCUCGGACCCGCCCCCGAGCCCUUGCCUCGCCCACAAGGGGUCUCGAUUCCGUCCCUGGCCUACCCCCUAGGCUUAGGCACGCCUCUGCUCCGCGUCUUGAGCCAUGGCCCCGCCCCGCCCCGCCCCAGCCGUCUGGGUCUUGCCCGGGCUUCUCCCUCUGGCCUGGCGGGGUUACCGAGGAGGUAGGCAUACAGCCUCCUCCGCCUUCCAGGCCUUCUCCUCCUGCUCUGCCCAGACCUAACCCGACCCCGGAUUCUCCUCUGCUCGCGUUCCGCCCUCUUUUUGGCCCUACCGGUAGGAUUGAGCCUUCCCCUCGGUUUCUUCUUCCGGGA